UGGCCUGCCAAAGUGCUAGGAUUACAGAUGUAAGCCACUGUGCCCGGCCAGAAGAUGAGUUUUAAAGGAGAAAUUGUGGCAUUUACAGCAGUCUGGAAGGCGCAAAGAACCCUUGUCUCACGUCAGAAAUACUUCUCUGCUGAAACACUAAUUGGCCAGAGUCAAUGUAGUCUGCUGGGGCUCUUCGUGACUGCUUUGCUUACAAAGUACCAAAGACAUAAAAGCAUUUCCAUGGACUUAAGCCAAAUCAGACGUGAAUGCUAGUCUGUGAAUGCUAGAGGCCCGUGAGCCUGCUGGCAUCGGGAAGGCGCAGAGCGGUGGCCUCCGAGGACCAGCUCCUUCACCUUGGCCUGGCCCUUCAGCUCGCAGUCCGCCAUGGAGACGCUCUCCCAGGACUCCUUGCUGGAAUGUCAGAUCUGCUUCAAUUACUACAGCCCGCGGCGAAGGCCCAAGUUGCUGGAUUGCAAACACACCUGCUGCUCCGUGUGCCUCCAGCAGAUGAGGACAAGCCAGAAGGACGUGAGGUGCCCCUGGUGCCGCGGCGUCACCAAGCUGCCCCCGGGCUUCUCCGUGUCCCAGCUCCCUGACGACCCCGAGGUCCUGGCGGUCAUCGCCAUUCCGCACACUUCUGAGCACACCCCGGUCUUCAUCAAACUUCCCAGCAAUGGGUGCUACAUGCUGCCCUUGCCCAUCUCCAAGGAGCGCGCGCUGCUGCCCGGAGACAUGGGCUGCCGCCUGCUGCCUGGGAGCCAGCAGAAGUCUGUCACCGUGGUGACCAUCCCUGCCGACCAGCAGCCUCUGCAGGGCGGGGCCGCCCCCGAGGCAGUGGAGGAGGAGCAGGACCGGCGAGGCGUGGUGAAAAGCUCCACCUGGUCCGGGGUGUGCACUGUCAUCUUGGUGGCCUGCGUCUUGGUCUUCCUUCUGGGCAUCGUGCUCCACAACAUGUCUUGCAUUUCCAAGCGCUUCACUGUGAUAUCCUGUGGCUGAAGAGGCCACCGGGAAGUCGCUUGUGGGUGCCAACUUAGGGGUUGAGCAGGUGUUGGUGAUGGGAUCCCAGGGAGAAGUUGGGGGGCGACACUGACCAUUUGGUGCCAAGUGCUGGCCUCUGGGUUGCCGCUUGAUUCACCCCAAGACAGACAUGAAGGGCGGAAGGUGAGGUUUCAGCAAGACGCCAGGAGAAUUGUUCUGAGUUUUAAUGGCAACGGCUUUGAUGAAGAUUGCAUGCAUCCUCAUAAUCAUGUAUUAAAUGGACUGUAAUUUAUGAUUUUUCAAAAUCAUGUUACGAGAUAGACAUAUUCUAUUUAGAUGUCAAAUUGUACAAGUGCGUACAAUGUGAUCUUCUCUAAAUGCGGUAGAUUAAAACAAAGAUGCUGUGUAUACAAGUAGAAUCAAACCUGCAAAUCCAUGUAUAAAAAAUUCAGUGAAGACAUGCAGUGCUGGCUUCUUUACUUUUUUUUUUUUUAAAUGAAACCCAGUCUUCAUUUAGUUGCUGAGGCUUUUUAUACAUUUCGAAUGGCACCCAGAUCAAAAUAAGUUAAGUGGACAAUCGUUUUUUAGAGAAAAUAUUUGAACAAAUGUCUCCAAUGUGUUGUGUUCUGUCACGCACCUUCAUUUCUCCUCACUUGUAAUUAGAGAUUGCUACGUGUUUAUUAAACAGAAAGCCCGACAGGGGAGCAAUAAACCGAGAAAUAAUGAGAAAUGCCUAAUCCCACAGGAAACCUGUAUGCCAAUUUUUCUCAAGCCAUCUCACAAAAUGAGAAUUUAAAAAUGUAAAUAUUGUGUAUUUGUGUGUGUAUGUAUGUGUGGUUUAAUUUGAUUUACCUCAGGUUGUCGAGUCCUUGUAGAAGAAUCCUAGGAUUAAGACGUCGUGGGCAUGAAUGAAUCGUGUACCUGCUAUGGUGGGCCUCUCUCAUGGACACCUGAACCCUCCCGGUGAGGGGUCCCCUACCUGUUCCCUCCAACACUUGCUCCUCUUCUGUGUAUUUAAGUCUUGUAUUUUGUAAGAUGUAAAUGGAGGAUAAUGGAAGAAUCUCUCUUUUCUCCCACUUUUGGUGUAUUGGAAUGGCCAUGAGUGUCAUUAAUCGAUGGCAAACCCGGAUGGGCAUUUUAAUAGAUGGUCUGUGAUUAUUUCUUGAAAGAUGUUUUCCCAUGUGAUUUAAACCAGCUAGAACUCCAGUUUUUCUCUUGUGGGACUAUGUGAGAAAAAUCUCUUGUAUUUCAAGAUAUGUUUUUGUUGAGAAAAGUGGUAAGGUAAACUAACAACUCACAUUCCCAAUGUAAGUGGACCAGCUCCUCAUCAACUGUCAAAUAUUCUUAAAUGUGCAGUGGUCUAUAGAUGAUCAUGGAUAAUGUACUGCUAGUAUUAAGUGAUAAAUUCCUAUCUCUGGGUACAUGUACAUUCAGAAAUAGUUGUAAGCAUUACAGUUCUAAUUCUGUGGAAUUCAUGAAACAAGUGGUAUGUGACAAGGACUCCACUCAAAUAUAACUGUUUUUAUUUA